CGCCAGCCAGUCCUUUUCCACGUAAGCUGCUUAAGGCGAGCAACACAGCUCUCGACGAAGUCUGCUUGCAGAUCUUUGUUUUUCUGUCAGGCAGUUGCUUAGGCGCCUAUGCCCGCGCGAGGACCUUUGCUGUUGUGUUGCUUGGCAAAGGGAAGCUUGCAGGCCGGGGUGGAGGUUCUGCGUUUUUCGGCCGGGGCCUUCUGCGCCGAUGGGGAUACCAAUGGACCCCCUGCUCCACGCCUGGAGUUACUUCAGGCGGAGGAAGUUCCAGCUGUGCUCGGAUCUCUGCUCCCAGUUACUGGAAAAAGAACGGGGCGACCAGGAAUCGGAUUCAGAGUUCACAGUAUUUCAGGCUGCUUGGUGUUUGAAAGUACGAGCCUUAACAGAAAUGGUUUAUGUGGAUGAAGUUGAUGUGGAUCAGGAAGGCAUUGCUGAAAUGAUGCUUGAUGAAAAUGCUAUUGCGCAAGUUGCACGUCCUGGUACUUCAUUGAAGCUCCCUGGAACCAGUCAGGGUGGAGGUCCCAGCCAAGCUGUCAGGCCAGUGACUCAGACAGGGAGACCCAUUACAGGAUUUGUGCGACCCAGCACCCAAAGUGGACGACCAGGUACUAUGGAACAGGCCAUAAAGACUCCAAGAACUGGUCACACUGCCCGUCCAAUGACCAGCGCUUCAGGGAGAUAUGUCAGGCUUGGAACGGCCUCUCUGCUCACAAAUCCUGAUGGCCCUUUUUUAAAUCUGGCUAAACUGAAUUUAAAUAAUUAUGCUCAAAAACCGAAGCUAGCAAAGGCAUUGUUUGAAUACAUUUUCCACCAUGAGAACGAUGUUAAGAACGCUAUAGAUCUGGCAGCAUACGCCACACAGCAUGCCCAAUUCAAGGACUGGUGGUGGAAAGUGCAAAUUGGGAAGUGUUAUUACAGGUUAGGAUUGUAUCGUGAAGCAGAAACACAGUUUAAAUCAGCUCUCAAACAGCAGGAUAUGGUAGAUACGAUACUGUAUUUGGCAAAAGUGUAUUCCCGCUUGGAUCAGCCUUUGACAGCUUUAAGUGUUUUCAAGCAAGGAUUAGAUCGGUUUCCUGGAGAAGUCUCCCUCCUUUGUGGUAUUGCCAGGAUCUAUGAGGAAAUGAACAACAUUUCCACAGCUGCAGAAUACUAUAAAGAUGUCUUAAAACAAGACAAUACACAUGUGGAAGCCAUUGCAUGCAUUGGAAGUAAUCAUUUCUAUUCAGACCAACCUGAGAUAGCAUUGCGGUUUUAUAGGCGGCUCCUGCAGAUGGGUGUUUAUAACUGCCAGCUGUUUAACAACCUGGCCCUGUGUUGCUUCUACGCCCAGCAGUAUGAUAUGAUCCUCAGCUCCUUUGAACGUGCACUUUCUCUGGCUGAAAAUGAGGAGGAGACAGCUGACGUUUGGUACAACCUGGGGCAUGUUGCAGUGGGAAUAGGGGAUACAAGCUUGGCUUUCCAGUGUUUCAAGCUGGCCUUGACAAACAACAAUGACCAUGCAGAAGCUUUCAACAACUUGGCUGUGCUGGAAAUGCAAAAAGGCCGCAUAGAGCAGGCAAGAAUGUUUCUGCAGACGGCAUCGUUGUUAGCACCUCAUAUGUACGAGCCACACUUCAAUAUUGCUGUGUUGUCCAACAAGAUUGGAGAUCUCCAGAGAAGUUACCUAUCUGCUCAGAAGUCCGAAGCAGCGUUUCCGGAACAUGUGGACACGCAGCAACUCAUCACGCAGUUAAAACAGCACUUUGCUAGGCUUUGAUGCCACACUUGGAAAAUGUCAUAAAUGGUUUUUCUUCGAAUCUGCUAAUUUAUACAGAUUUACAUAGGAAAAAAGUUAGUGGAGCAUCAGCUGUGCUGGCCAGAGGCAGGCUGAAGCUCUUUUAUUCCCUCCAGCUGGGGAAACGUUGCUUCCAUAAGCUAAAUUAGAGAGUCUUCUGCUUGGAUAUAUCCAGUGAUACUCAGUCUUGGCAGAGGGGUAUAGUAGGGUAGGGGACUUAUUUCUGGCCAUACUAGGUGAAACAGGAUAGGGUUUAUCCAAGUCAACUUGGAUAAAUGGGAACAUUUUCAAGAAUGAAGGAGUUAGAAUAGGGAACUCAACCAUGUUCGAGCAUAGUUAUUUGUAAUCAUUAAUUCACUGAUUUUUUUUUAAAAAGGAAGUGUUUUUCCUGUCAUUCACUGCCUGAUAAUAGUGAUGUGUUGAACAGCUUUGUCAUUUAAUGAAUUCAAAGGUGAAUUGUCAGAUGGUUCAACUCCAUGUUGCAGCAUAGUGGGCACUUUUCACACACAAUAAUGCACUUUCAGUCUACUUUGCAGCUGGAUUUUGUUGUGUGAAAUGGCAAAAUCCACUUGCGAAUGAUCACUAAAGUGCAUUGAAAAUGGAGCGAUUGAGAGUGCAAUAUUGAAUGUGCCCACUGGCAUGAAGCCCACAGUUUGGAAAGGCCUCGAUGAUGUAAGACACCAAAGGUGUGUGCAUUCAGUAGCUUUGAACUGGGAGAUGCAUGUGCAUACUUGCCCAUCCAGCCCUUAAAGUCUACACUGAUGUGCACCUUUAUCCCUUCAUAAGCAGUGCUGCUCCAGAGGCCAGCCUAGGCCAUGCAGUGAGAAUCCUGAUUGACAUCUACAAAACGAAACCUGUUUUGUUUUACGUGUACUUAAAGCAUAAGAACCAAGCAGAGAACAUGGAAGCUGGAUCUCAAUUCUGAAAGAGGAAGAAACCUAAGAAUUAUAGGAUGUGCAAAGAAGUGCUGUUGAAGCCUGGAUGAUUCCAUCAGAGUAGUUGCUUUUGAGCCUUUGACUAAAUACCUCUCUUCCUUGACAAAGGUUAGGAACUUACAGAAGUUAGGAAGUAAGCAGGCUGUGGCUUCCAUUGCUUAGGUUUAAGAAGUCUGAAGAUAAAGACAUUUCAGUAUUUUAAAUAUUUUGGACAGCUGAAAGUUCUAAAAGGUUGCUGGAUGCUAUAGUUUCCUCCGUCACCUACACAAGCAGUUUCUGGAAUUUUUCUUAGAAUGGCAGCCAUUGAAUGAUCUCCCCCCACCAAACUCUUAGGGUGACUGUCCCAUCAAUUAGGCUCAUUCAAUUGAACUAGGCCACAGAUCACAUCAUUUUAUGCAAAAUCAUUUCCCUACAUUUGCUUAGUGUUUUGGAUGAGGAAAUAACAUCUGUGCAUCGGAAAAAAUUCCAUAGAAGAAUCGGGUAAUUAAAAACCCAGUGAGAUGAGAAAAUGGGUGGAAGAACCCUAAGAUGUUUUGGAUAGUACUGGUGGCUCUGUCUUCCUUUUUAAAAAACCAAUAAAUGUUCCAAUGCAAGCAUUUGGAGACAUUCCGAGGGAAAAAAAUGUGGCUAUAGUUGACAGACUAAUGCUAGAGAUGAAGAACAGGCCUGUUAAAAGUAAUGGACAGACUACUGAAAGUGUACUUUGGUUUUAAAGGAACAUAACUCUGAAGAAAAUGUCCCAUUUUACUGCAAGUGUAUGAAAUGCCUGUUUAAAUAGUAAUGCCUCAUAGAGUUGAUUGUUCCAGCAGGAUUAGCAGAUUGCCACCUGGAGAAUUUACUUCUUUACCAUACCAGGAGAGGUCAGCACCACUAUGUUUCCCAAUGAUUUCCUUCCUGGGGCCCAGCUGCUUACCCUUCCUUCACCCCACCCCAUCUACUGACAAAAGUGGGACUUUCAUUCUGUCCCCAAUGAGACGUGAAGGGAGAAUGAAUGACAAAAAACAGGGCAGAAGGUACUGGCAGUAGUUGUUCUCACUGUGUGCGUAGGUUCUCUGACUUGCAGAUGAGGAGCCCCAUCAGGUUCAUUUGUACAGACAGCGAGGGACAUUUUCACAUCGCUUCAGGUUUAGUACAAACUGCUUCAGAAUAAUUUAAUACAUUUCAGGCUUCUGUUAACAACUUCAUUCAAACAUAACUUGCUUGUGCAGCUAUUAUGUAUACCUGGAUUUUUAAGGCAAUUUAUAAUAAAUUAUCGUGUAUAAUCACUA